AUUAAUCACAAAUUCUGAAGCACCAUACCAAUUAUAUUGCAAUGGCCUGCCAACCUCACUUUGUCCUAGUCCCACUAAUGGCACAAGGUCAUAUGAUUCCUGUAAUAGACAUGGCUAGACUCAUUGCAGAAAAAGGUGUGAUUGUAAGCUUGAUGACUACUCCUUACAAUGCAUCAAGAUUUGAUAGAAUCAUUUAUAGAGCAGAAGAAUCAGGUCUUCCAAUUCGUCUUGUGCAAAUCCCAUUUCCCUGUCAAGAAGUUGGUCUUCCUAUUGGCUACGAAAAUCUUGAUACUCUUCCUUCAAGAGACCUACUCAAGAAAUUCUUUACUGCACUCGCUAAGCUACAACAACCAUUAGAAUCCAUUCUUGAACAUGCUACUCCUCCUCCAAGUUGUAUCAUAUCAGAUAAGUGUCUUUCUUGGACUUCAAGAACCGCUCAAAGGUUCAAUAUUCCACGAAUUGUUUUUCAUGGGAUGUCUUGUUUUUCUUUGUUAAGUUCUCAUAAUGUAAGAUUUAGCAAUGCACAUCUUUCCGUCUCGUCCGACUCAGAACCUUUUCUAGUUCCAAAUAUGCCUCAGAGUUUUCAGGUUACAAGGUGUCAACUACCAGGAUCAUUCGUUAGCUUACCGGAUAUAGAUGAUGUCCGAAACAAAAUGCAAGAAGCUGAAUCAACAGCAUUUGGAGUGGUGGUAAACAGCUUCAAUGAGCUUGAAAAUGGUUGCGCUGAGGCAUAUGAAAAAGCGAUAAAGAAAAAAGUAUGGUGCAUUGGACCAGUUUCUUUGUGCAACAGACGGAACCUAGACAAGUUUGAAAGAGGCAACAAAGCUUCAAUUGAUGAAAAACAAUGCCUAGAGUGGCUCGACUCAAAGAAACCGAGGUCAGUUAUUUAUGCUUGUCUUGGUAGCUUAUGUAGAUUAGAACCAUCACAGCUGAUAGAACUAGGUUUAGGCUUGGAAGCAUCAAAGAAACCAUUUAUCUGGGUAGCAAAAACUGGUGAGAAAACAUCAGAACUAGAGGAAUGGUUUUUGAAAGAAAAAUUCGAAGAAAGGAUCAAAGGAAGAGGACUGUUGAUCAAAGGUUGGGCUCCUCAGGUUCUAAUCUUGUCACAUCCAGCAAUUGGAGGGUUCUUAACUCAUUGUGGUUGGAAUUCAACAAUAGAAGGCGUGUGCUCUGGAAUUCCAAUGAUAACAUGGCCUCUUUUCGCCGAACAAUUCUUUAAUGAGAAGUUAGUUGUGGAGAUCUUAAAGAUUGGUGUUAGGGUUGGCGUUGAAGUUCCUGUAAGAUGGGGAGAGGAGGAGAAAGUUGGGGUUUUAGUGAAGAAAGAUGAAGUAGAGAAAGCUGUUAAUACGUUAAUGAAUGGAGGAGAAGAAGGAGAAAAGAGAAGGAAUAAAGCUAGUGAGCUUGGAGAUAAGGCAAGAAAGGCAAUGGAACUAGGUGGACUUUCUCAUUUCAAUCUGUCACUCUUAAUCCAAGAAGUUCUUCAUGAAGCAACACAGCUCAAGAAAAGGGAGAGACGAUAAAUUUAGACUCACAUAUAUUAUGAUUGUAUAUGUGUUAAUUUCUUGAAGAGAAGCCAAGUUUCAGAUACUUCAAGUUUAAUUAUGAGUGAAUAUUUCUUGUAUGUGUGUUGUAAUUCAUCUAUAAUGGAUUCGUAAUAUGAUACUGCAAUUAAAUCAUGUUGUAAUACGAUAGCUGAGUCAUGAUUUCAGUGCGAGACUAGAGAAAAUUACAGUAUGUA